CCGUCAGAAAACACUGUCAAGGGGAGGAGAGGAUGGAGUAAAAAAAAGAAUAACCAAAGGGAGAUGAAUUCAUUCAAACCUCAGCAUCAUUUAGAGCCGCUACAUCUAUAGCAUUACUCGAUAUAGAGAAUAAGGGAAGAAAAGUAUAUUACGCGAUAGAGGGCAAGCACAGUGCAAGGUGUCAAAUAAAUUAGAAAUUACCUAUUAGGUCUGCGGCGUAGAUUAGUCCUCGCUUGAGAGUACGUCGACUGCUCACCGGAACGAGCCGUCAUUUUAUUAGCUUAAUAUGCUGUCCCUGGUCAACUCUGUAUAUUUUUAAAUUUUCUCCAAUUACCUUACUGGGAAAUUAAUAGCGAUUAUUACUAUUUUCUGCCAAACAGAAAUCGGUGGGCAGUUUAAUGAAGCCUGGACACUUGCCUAAAUGAUAUCGGACAACAUUGGUGAAGAAAAGCGCUGGGCCCUCGCAUGCGGAUCAGUUUCAAAACCUCCUUUAUUAAUUAUAACGGCGAAGAAAAUAUCUGUUUAUUGCCGGGGGCGUUACAUAAGUAACGCAUUAACACUGGGCUGAGGAUAAACACGAACGGGACUCAAUCGCAGAGAAUAGUAUUAACUACCGUGCCCAAGAUUAUCUAUAUUAGCUAGAGAACCCGCACUAACUUGAGAUUUUAUCUGCAUUUUAUAUCCAUGUUUUAAGCUAUCCUUUGGGAUUUCAAAGGGGGCAGACUGGGAACCUAACCGCUUUUGCUCGGAUAGCUUGCUAUUUUAUUGGCGAGAAUAAUACUUGAGGGUGAAACGAAGGAGAGAAGAUGUCGGGGCAGACGCUAACGGACCGCAUAGCCGCUGCCCAGUACAGCCUGACUGGAUCAGAGGUGGCUCGAGCUGUCUGCAAAGCCACCACGCACGAAGUGAUGGCGCCCAAGAAGAAGCACUUGGAAUAUCUGAUCCAGGCAACCAAUGAGACCAAUGUGAACAUCCCACAGAUGGCUGAUACACUGUUUGAAAGGUCAACAAAUGCCAGCUGGGUGGUGGUCUUCAAGGCACUAGUUGCCACACAUCACAUAAUGGUUCAUGGAAAUGAGAGGUUCAUCCAGUAUUUGGCCUCCCGGAGCACUCUAUUCAACCUAAGUAACUUUCUGGACAAAACCGGGUCUCACGGCUAUGACAUGUCAACAUUCAUCAGACGAUACAGCAGGUACCUGAAUGAGAAGGGCUUCGCUUACCGGCAGAUGGCUUUCGAUUUCACCCGGGUGAAAAAGGGUGCCGAAGGUGUUAUGAGAACAAUGGCUCCGGACAAGCUGCUGAAAGGGAUGUCCAGCCUGCAGGGCCUGAUCGAUGCUCUGCUGGAGUUUGACGUUCAUCCUAAAGAACUGACCAAUGGAGUGAUAAAUGCUGGCUUUCUUCUGCUCUUCAAAGAUCUGAUUAAGUUAUUUGCCUGCUACAAUGAUGGAGUUAUUAAUUUAUUAGAGAAAUUUUUUAAAAUGAAGAAGUCAGAAUGCAAGGAUGCACUGGAAAUCUACAAGAGGUUCCUGACCAGGAUGACCAGAAUUUCAGAGUUUCUCAAGAUUGCAGAGCAAGUUGGGGUUGAUAAAAAUGACAUCCCUGACCUCUCCUAUGCUCCGUCCAGUCUUCUGGAGUCUCUGGAGGCUCAUGUGAACACCCUAGAGGGGAAGAAGGGUGAUGGGUCUCCAACUAAGGGGUCCCCGACAAAUGGAUCUCCCAGCUCUACUCCAGCUAAAACAGCGGAUGCCACGGGUCUUGUAGAAGCUCUGCCAGGCCCACCAUCUGCUGGGGCCACUAAUGCUGUGUCGAAUGAUUUGCUGGAUCUGGACCUCUCCAGUGCCCCAGAGCCCACAGGAGCAGCGGCCGCACCCACAUCCUCCUGGGGAGAUUUGCUUGGGGAGGACUCCUUGGCUGUUCCCGCGAGCUCCGAAGCUCUUCUGUCUGAACCCACCCUUACUGUAGACUCUGCCUCCACUCCUGCCUCUGCUGCCGCUGUUACACCCACUGCCGCUCCUCCUGAUGCCACCGCGGCCCCUCCGGCUGCCACUUUGGCCCCUCCCCCUUCUGCCGCUGUUCCUUCCAGCCCUGGAGACAUGGACCUCUUUGGAGACUCCUUCUCCGCCCCUCCAGGAGAAACUCAGACUCCUGCAGAAGGGGUGGCCAGAGCGGCCACACCCACACCGGCCGACACUGUCACGGUCCCGGGAUCUGCUGUUCCGGCAACCUCGCGCGGGCCCUCUCCCUUACCCGACGCCAAUCUGACCGCUGACCUCCUGUCCGAUGCAUUUUCUACCCCAGCUGCCCCUCUCGCUGCUGCAGCUUCUCCUGCCAAAGUGGAUGCCGGUGGAAUGCUGGACCUGUUUGGGGAUUCGUUUGGUGGUUCUGGCGCGUUUGACGGAUUAGGCGAGCUGCUCAUGCCAGCAGUGACACCCCAAGGGCCCUCCUCGCCCGGAAAAGCCAUCGGAGGCGACCUGGACUCCUCCCUGGCCAACCUGGUUGGGAAUCUAGGAAUGGGGAAUCAAAAUAAGGACAUGCAGUGGAAUGAGAAGAAGAUGACAGGAGGGGCCAGCUGGCAGCCUCAGGUAGCUCCCACCUGCUGGGCUCCUCAGAUGCCCGGCCCCUCCCCCGGGCCUGUUGCAGGAGGUAUGGUUCCUCCCAUGGGGGUGCAGCUUGGAUUCGGCAUGCCUGCAGGUGGAGCUGGAGCUCCCAUGAUGUUCUCUCAGCCAAUGAGGCCACAGUUUCCUGCGGGAGGAGCACCUGGAGCACCGGGUGCAUCGGUGUCCCCAGCUGCUCAGAGCCCCAGAAAGCCACCUCCCACAAAAGAUCCCCUGGCUGACCUCAAUAUCAAAGACUUCUUAUAAACUCCCAGGUGCUGUAUUACUGGGCUGUCUGCUGAAGAACACAGGUCCUUUUUUCUCUCCCCCUGUUGACCAAUGUUGUACUGUAGCACAAACUGUAAAAGUGAACCAUAUGAAAAAUGUGAUUGUCAUAGUGUUAUACUUUAAUUUAAAAGGCAAAAAAAAAUUUUUUGACUCUGGUUUUAAGUGUCUGUGGUGGUGAAAAGCAGGGGUUUCUUUGGCAAGGCCUUCCCACACAUACCUGCCCCGCUAACUUAUGAUCAGCUGUGGGAUGGCUAAGAUAUAUAAUAUCUUUAUUGUAUAUAAUUCUUAUUGUCAUGUCCCAGCCCAUUAUGUUCCUGCUGUUAUAAAUAUAAAUAUAUAUAUAUAUCCGUUCAAGAUAAUAUUGGUGUGACUCUGAUAUCAAAUUGUAGAUGUUACGUGACCAUUAUCAUCCAUAAUCAGUCCAGCUUUACUUUGGAAUAAAUAUAAAUAUAUAAAUAUUAAUUAUAUAUAAUUAUGUAUUAACAUGUCAACGCUCCUGUACCUUCACCAUUAAACCAUCCAGUGUACCUGUAUGUUUUUUCUUCUAUUGUUCCUUGUAUUGUGUGCUACAAGACUUUUAAGACUUAACGUGUUGCUUUGUUCAGUAUGUUAAACUACAAAACUAUAUGCAAGAUGUUGUAUUGACAGAUUACAUUUUCAUCUUGGUAGCAAGAGGAAAUGUAUCAGGUAUUGGUUACAUUCAUACAUUUUCAGCUCUGGUGUUCUGGCAUCCUAAUGAAUGCACUCAUUUAAGGUGACUGACAGGUGUUGCGUGUAUGGAGGAGUUGGGGUCUCUAUUGUGUUAACCCAGCAUAAAUGCUCUGUGCACCCCGUCUUUGCUGUUGGUCUAACAGUCCUAGGUAAUCUUGUAUUGUAAUGAAUCUGGCUCAAAAAUGUUAUUUUUGUAUUACCAUGUAAGAAAAAACAACCAGACAAUGCUAUGGUUCUUAACCUCCAGAACAAAUAUUGCUCACCUCUGUCAAUGCAUGUAUUCUUUCUUCCACCCCUCCUGGUGAACAGUGGUAUAGCAGUUAAGGUUCUCUGUCCAGAAGAAAUGGCUGUUGAUCAGUGUUAACUGUGUGUCCUGAUGAGGUCUGUAGAGCCACUGGAAGCUGCAUGACUGUAGACUCUAGGGACCAGGUGUACUGGAUGCUUUGUGAAUUGUACCAUUCUAAGUGACUGUGACCACAACUGUUGUAAAGAAAUAAUGGAUAGAAAAAAAGAAAACUCGAGUUUGGUUCUGGUUUCUGUUUCUGUGUUUUAACGCCCACUACCAAGUGCAUGUAUUCCCUUUGAAAUGCAAUAAAUUCACUGAUCUAAAGAAA